AUGACCAGCGCCAGCCACAUUGCUGCGUCCGUCCUUGACCGCCCCCUCGUCGUCUGCGGCCCGAGCGGUACAGGCAAGAGCACGCUCCUCAAGGCACUUUUCGCAAAGUAUCCCGACGAGUUUGGGUUCUCUGUUUCGCACACAACGCGCCAACCACGCGCGGGUGAGGUGCCAGGAAAAGAUUACCACUAUGUGACCAAGGACGAGUUUAUGGGCCGCGUCGCAAACGACGAGUUCCUCGAGUGGGCUCAGUUCGGGGGUAACUGCUAUGGCACCACCUUCGCUGCCCUCCGCGAGCUCUCGCCCCGCCGCUGUGUCCUCGACAUCGACCUCCAGGGCGUCAAGCAGCUUCAGGUCAAGGCGCCAAGCCAGAACCUCGAGCCCGUCUUCCUCUUCCUCUCCCCUCCUUCUGUCCCCGAAUUGCGCGAGCGCCUGGUCGGCCGUGGCACCGAGACGGCGGACAGCCUCCGGAAGCGCCUGGACGCGGCGGUGGCUGAGAUCGAGCACGCCCUUACCGGCGCGCACGACCUUGUCAUUGUCAACGACGAGGUUGAGCGCGCUGGCGAGGCGCUCGAGGCCAUCGCCCUCGGCAAGCCGGGAUGGGACAAGAUCGGAGACCACCUCCCCCCGCUUGACGUUAACCACCUCCGCGACUAG